AUGCCUGAGAACUCUACCAACCCACGCAACCCCUUGCACAUCCCAUCUGAGGAGCUCAAAGGUUCUGUCAUGAGUCACAUCAAGGAACACCAGCACACUAUAUCCGAGAACCCUCAGCAUUCUUUCACGACACACACAGAGGCCCUUCAGCACCCUUCAUCUGUAAAGCCUGGUCCAGCCGUCGCUCAGGUGCACGCUACUCAGCACAAUCCAAUCGAGAGACCUCGGAGAUCUGACGAUACACAAACGCAAAGUCUGCUGCACGCGUCAUACGAGAAGUAUGACGAGCCAGCCGUCGUUCAGCUUCACAAAGUUCAGCAGAUCCCGCCCAAGAAGCCUACCGAGGAGAAGCCUGUUGGGACUCAAUCAAGAUCGCAAGACAUUCCAUCCGAUAAAGCUCAAGGAGCUGCUGAAGUUCAGACGCCAGCUUCACAGCACACUCUGACCAAGAAGUCCGAAGUGCCAGCCGUUAUGCAUACGCAAGCUGUUCAGCAAUUCGCAAACGAGAAGCCCAUCGAGACCCAAUCGACAUCGCCCAUUGACCCAUCUAAUCAUACUCCAGAAGCUGCCGAAGUCGAGCCACCAACUGUACAGCACACCUUGUCCGACCAGACCGAGGUGGCAGUAGUUUCGCAGACGCUGCCUGCUCAGCAAACCUUGAUCGGCAAGGUUGAACACUCUGUAGAUACACCAAUGCAGGCCCCUCAAAUCACGACAAUCGCAAAGCCCGAAGCAUUGGCUGUCGCUCAGACACAAGCCGUUCAGCCUGUGGAACCCGAGAAACAUGAGGCGUUGGCUGCUGCCCAAACACAGCCCAUCCAGGCCAAGGAACCCGAGAAACAUGAACAGCUUGUGAGCACUCCGGCACAGCCAGACACACAGCACGCCUCUUCGUGA